AGAGUGGCUACACAAGGAGGUAAACAGGUUUCCGAAGUUGGAAAUUAAAGUAUUUUGUGAUUGGUGCUUUCGUUGGACAACUGAGGAGUCAAUGUCAUGUUUGCCUGACUGCAGUUUCUCAAAAAGCACCAUAGACACAGAUUCCUCGGUUUGUCAGCCUACUCAUGACGAGUCUUCUUAUCAGCCAUUGUCUGAAGCCUCUUGCUUAUCAGAAGCAAUACCACUUUUACCAAAGGACUCCACCAUGAUCAAAUAUGAGUCUGAUGCACACCAUUAUGAACUACUCUCUAUUAUAGGAAAGGGAAUGAUACAAGCAGCUGUGAUAUCCCUUGCAAGACAUGUACCAUCUGGCCAGCAUGUGGCAGUGAAGAGAAUCAACUUAGAAAAGUGCAAUCAUGAUUUGACUUACAUGCAGAGAGAGAUAUUGGUCACGAAGCAGCUGCAUCACAAGAACCUUCUUCCUUAUUUCUGCUCCUUUGUGUGCGAUAAUGAAGUUUGGGUGAUUAUGCCCAUCAUGGUUUAUGGUUCAGCACAAGACAUCAUCAAGUCCCGGUUUUCUGCUGGUCUUCCAGAGCUAGCAAUUGCUUUUAUUAUGAAGGAUAUCUUAUCAGCUCUUGAAUAUAUUCACAAGCGGGGACUUAUACACAGAAGUGUGAAGGCUAGUCAUAUUCUUGUAUCUGGCAGUGGAAAAGCUAUACUCUCGGGGCUUAGAUAUUCUUGUAAUGUCAUUGAAGAUGGUCGUUGGCACCAAACAAUACACCAAUUUCCUUCAGAUUCUGGAUCUAACCUUAGUUGGUUGAGUCCUGAGGUUCUUGAACAAAAUUUAUUGGGUUACAAUUACAAGUCAGAUAUCUACAGUCUUGGAGUUUGCAGUUGUGAGCUAGCUAAUGGAGUGGUACCAUAUGCUGAUAUGCCACCAACCCAAAUGUUGCUUGAAAAGUUGCAAGGAUAUCCACCAGUUCCUCUUGAUGCUAGGUCUUAUGAUGUUGGAGAAGAACCUACUGAAACUGGGAAUGAGCAUGUGUCUGUUGAAAACACUUAUAAAUCACGGUGGUUUAGUGAAGCUUUUCAUUCCUUUACCAGCCUCUGUCUUGAAAAAGACCCUUUACGCAGACCCAUCACCUCACAGUUGCCCCAGCAUGCUUUUAUCAAGCAAUGUAAAAAGACAUCCACUACUCUAUUGGACCUCUUGGCAACAGUGACUCCACAUGUCGAUGUUCCCUCCCUACCCCGAGAGCGAGUAUGUUCACAAUAUCAUUGGAAGAAGUGGACAGCCAUGACCAGAACAUUGAGUGGUUAACUUCGGGGAGAUAGGAAACCAUAGUGACAACUAUAUCCAUAGAAAAAGCCACAGAUCUCUAUAUUAGAUUCCAACCUUACAGUAUUUCAUAACCUUACUUUGUUACCGAAAAUUACACAAUUGAUCCAGUUGACUCUUAGAUUCAUUGCUAAGUUUUCCUUAGGAAUUUUAAAUGCAAUUUGGUCUGUGUGCAUGUUUUUAGAUAUACAACAAAUAGUUUAGUUCUAAAGCAUUGAUUUAUUCACAAACAAAGGUCAAAACUACAAUACUGUAAUUUUAAAAUAUUCUCACUUCAUAAUAAUGCUUUAGCAUAUGCAGUAAACAGUUGUAAAAGCUUAAAGGUCCAUUAAGAAACCACAUAAUGUGCUUUAAUGGAGUUUUCUGAAAGCACAAAGUAACUUAGGUUGUAUUCCAUUGAACAGACAGAUGUUCCUAAAGGGAUAAUUUAUUUUCAGAUAUGAAUAUCUAACUUAAACUGUGUGUUUUUACUUACAUAAAGUAUGCUUUUAAAUACAUUUAAUUUAUCACUUUGAUUUCAUCCACCAAAACUUCAUUAAUAUUAAUAUUUAUAAAGUUAAAAGCUGAAAUCUAGUACAUAACAGGGUCUUAAGAUCCAAGUUUGAACAACAACUUUCCAAAAUUAAAAUGGCAUUAGUUCUUUUUUUAUAUGCUUCUGACAAUGAUGUAGUGACAUCUAAAUUAAUAAAACAUACCUAUUAAAAUGA